AUGGGAGGCGCUCAAGACGGACGUUCGCUUAUUUCAUCUGGCUUAGAAGGUGCUGAUGGAGUCAAGCAAAUCAAAUGUUUUAGAAAAACCUAUCAAUCGCUUAUCCUUCGUGUUAGUGAUAUCACAACGCGAGUAGCAAGAGACCCAAUCCGCGUGUUGAUCAAAGUGUGGGUCAUGAGACAAUUUCGUGAAAGUGCGCGAACUGUGUUUGUGUGGCAAGCUUCAGGUACUCAAGGGUCAUACCUCAUGGAAGGUGCGGGUCUACCAGAACGCCGCAGCUCUCAGAAAACGGUUAAGAAUGCACUCGCAACGUUUUUUUCUCUCGCGCUCAGUUUGCUCUCGGUUUCUCGCACGCAGGAGUUCCGCUUUAAUGCGGCGAGCAACGUCAAAGGUUUGAAACCUGGAUCAUGGCGCGAUGAUGUAAGAUCGAGUCGGCGACACUUGCGCUUGCAGUAG